AUGCGAAAGUCUGUCUACCCCCCGGAGCCCCGGCCCGCGGCGCCCCCCGCGCCCUCAGAGCGGGUCGCCAUCAACGUCAACCUCGACCGCACCAAAUCCGAAGACCACGCCGAACCUGACCUCUGUUACGUGCGCAACUCCUCAUUCCUGAGUCGCGACAUCGAAGCCAAAACCAAAGCCGACCCCCGAAAAACAAAGCCAGACUCGCCCCCCAUCAGAUCACCCCCGAAAAAAGUGCUCUCCCCUCCGGCCAAACCAGAUUCACCCCCCAAAUCUUUACCAGCGAAAGCUUCGCCCCCUAAGGCAAUCCCGCCGAAAAAAGCUGAUGUAAUUUCCCCUCCGAAAAGAACCGUCUCCGUCGCUCCGCCCCCUAGAAGCAUCGUAACAUCCCCUCCGAGCUGCGACACGUCUUCCACCCCUAAAGUGGAAUUCCCUCUGAAAAAAGAAUCCCCCCCGCCCCCAAAGAAUCAGGUCACCUCUUCGCCGGUGUCUAACGUCAAACUGAACAGAUCCGACUCGAAAGGAGAGGAAAGUCAACCAUUGAAGGUCGCGAGAAAGGAAACGCCAUUUGUUAAAGAAACCAUAGUGAAACACGAGAAAUUGUCUCUGGUCAAUGAGGAUGUUGCCAAAUCGGGGAGUAAAGAUGGUGAGAGUGACAAAACGGUUAAUAAUGUCGAGAAGAAGUGUGAGGAGUCGAACGGUGUCGGAGAUAAGAUAAAGAAGUUUGAAAAGGCGGCUGAAGAUGCCAGUGCGAAUGUGAGUGUGGGGAGAGUGUCGCGGCCGGGGUCCGUGCGGCGGGGGAGGGCGGAGCGGCCGCAGCAGCUGCCGCCCGCCGCCGCCCCCGCCCCCGCCGCCGCCCCCGCCCCCGCCGCCGCCCCCGCCGCCGUCGUCGCCUUCAAGGACUCCGUACACUUCGACCUGCCGCCCGAACGGACCUCCGCUCAGCCCGUUAACGUGCAACAGCAAAACCUUAGCAAAAAUGGCUGCGGACACCCUAAUCCCGCCGCUGUGAAAUGGCAACGAAGCGAAAGCAGUUCGAUAGAGGUGGACAAAAUAAAACCAGAACCGCAGAAGAUCAUAAAACCGGAAUUCAAACCGAUGCCGUCUCCGGUCGAUGUCACUAUUCGGUCCCCCAGUCUCGGCGCCAAAAUCCCGGAUCAGUUUCCGUCGCACGGCACCGCGUUCAGGAAUGUCGCCUCCCCGGACACGAACCGCGCGAAACUCAACGACGAUCUAAAUACUCAUAAUCUUAAGGCUUGUAAAUUGAAAAACAAAGAGAAGUACUCCGUCAGCAAGGGCUCCAGCUACUUCAUGCGGGGCUCCGAGGAGAUCUGGCUGGUGAAGAAGAAGGACAUAGAGGAGAUCGAGGAGAGGGUGCUGGACUCGUUCCGACGCGCAGGCGGGAACGUGUGCGCGCGGAGCGAGAGUGUGCGGCCGGCCAGCGACAGCGGACAGGCCGUCUCGUUCUCGCACGCCACCAUGGGGCGUCACAAGCGGCAGAUGUACGCGCGCAGCGAGUCCCUGGACCCGCAGCGCACGGGUGCGCGUGCGCAGACGCUGCGGCGCCAGGCGUCCGCGGCGUGCACGUGCGGACACGACAGGAAGCCCCGCGCGAAGCCCGCGGAGGCUCCGCCGCGUCCGCGCUCGCGCUCACACGGCGACGACAACAACCAGGCGCAUGUCCUCGAUAAAUACGAAACCCUCGUGUAA